AUGAUCCAAAAUGCUUAUGCUAUAUUGGACAGCAACGUGUCCUAUUUCAGUGACCAAGAACUCGUGGAAUCUGAAUUAGAAGAACUGGAGUUCGAAAGGGACGAAAACCAUGCUCUUGCACUGAUUGUUGUAGAGGCUAUCAUUAUGGGACUGAUUUUGGUCGGAAACUCGACCGUGAUUUUGCUUACGGCAACAACAAAGGAAUUACGGACACCAACUCACCUGUAUAUCAUGUCUCUUUGUGUGGCAGACAUAACCGUGGCCGUUUUACCCGUCCCCCUUCACGUAAUCACAACAUUCUCCAGCUGGCAGGUCACUUCUGGAGUGUGUAGAUCUUUGGAAUAUUUUAACUUCUUUGCCACCACGUCAAACGCCUACUGCGUCGUUGUCAUAGCGAUGGAUCGUCAUCGUGCCGUGGUCCACCCUUUCCAUGCCAGGGUGUCUUCCGCUGGAUGCCUUCGACGAAUCACCUCAGUGUGGCUGAUCGGGGCACUUUAUGCUAUCCGGGCUCCCACAACGUAUGACGUCACUGUCAUACGUCACAUGGAACAAGGUCAGUAUCGUUACUACCACGUGUGCGUCACGACGACCGACCAGUCGACGAGAAGAGGAUUAAUAAUUCUGGAUUCUAUCGUGAUGUGUCUCUUGCCGUUCGCCAUCAUCGUUGGCUCCUACGUUCACAUUUUAUUCAAGCUCUUUAGAAAGCAGCGUAAGGUAGCACUGGCACUUGGCAUGCAUAUACACUCACAGUUGAUCAGGAGAAACAAACACGUCCUGAAAAUGGUGAUCGCUGUCAUGUCACUGUCCAUGUUUUGCGAGGUACCCGUGUAUAUAUGGGAGAUGUACGUUUUCGUCGGAGAAGGCUCUUUCCCGGGGUCUUUGCUCAUGUAUGAUAUUCUGAAGCUCCUGUCCUACUCCAACAGCUGGCUAAAUGUUCUCGUCUAUGUGUGGUUUAAUGAGAGUUUGCGUAAUGCCCUGAAAGCCCGGAAAUGCUGCGUUCGCCGUGUUGACCUCAUUCCGGUUCUGCAUGCCCCUCCCCCACAUCGCGGACAAGGAAGAACUACCUCCACAUUCCACAGUCAGAUGCGAAUAUAUUCCAUUUGA